AGAGGGCAGGGUGUCCCCAUACAGAUAUAAGGGGGAACCCAUAGCACAGCGACACCCUCACUGACCAUGGCUGCACUGUACAUCUCUCUGCUACUGGCUGCUCUCUGCAUUGGCACAGCUGUGCCCCUGAAGUGCUACAGAUGUGUGGGUGCCACCAGCAACGCCGACUGCCAGACCCAAACUGACUGCGGUCCAAACGACGCCUACUGUAUGACUGUUGUUGCUUCUGUUUCGGGUAAAACAGCCAUUGGUAAAUCCUGCACCCCCAGCUGCACCCCAGGAAGCGCCAGUACUGGUGGGGUCACUGGUACCAUUUCCUGCUGCAAAACUGACCUGUGCAACGGCGCCACUGGGGUAAAAUACAGUUACCCUGCGCUGGGGCUGUCCCUCGGGUUCCUUUUAGUCCUGCUGAGAGGCUCCGCCCUGUGACCCCCCCAAGCUGCGGGCAGAUAUGAGCAUUAUUGCCCUGUGUAUCCCGCUGAUAUUAAUAAACAAUAUGGAGUAAAAACC